AUGAGCAAAGAGCCUCAGGACUGUAAGACCGCACCAAGGCGACCGCGGGACCUCCCCGAGCCCAAGCAGCAGGAGGCUGUCCAGGAGCCUCAGAGUGACCGACAUCUCAUCGACACGUCUCCGGUCCUCCAGAAGCUGACCAGUUUUGAGGAGGCCAUCGGAGUCUUGUUCACCCACGUGAGGCUGCUGGCCCGGGCCUUCACCCUGCGCACCGAGCAGAAGGAGCAGGAGGAGGAGGAGCAGCAGGAGGAGGAGCAGCAGGAGGAGGAGCAGCAGGAGCAGAAGGAGCAGGAGGAGGAGGAGCAGCAGCAGGAGCAGAAGGAGCAGAAGGAGCAGGAGGAGAAGGAGCAGCAGCAGGAGGAGCAGCAGGAGCAGAAGGAGCAGAAGGAGCAGGAGGAGGAGGAGGAGCAGCAGGAGGAGCAGAAGGAGCAGGAGGAGGAGCAGCAGCAGGAGGAGCAGCAGCAGGAGGAGCAGCAGGAGGACUCAGAGGCUUUAACCUUGUCCUCCCACAGACCAAGAACCAAGGACCUGGACCAGGCCCUCAGAGUUCAGCUGAUUCCCUCCAGGCCAGAACCGCAGGAUUUGAAAGAUUUCCAGAAGCAGCGACAGUCGGACCCUCUCAAACUGUCACCGCUCAUUUCCCUCAAACUGAAGAGACGCGGAGAUCGAUACAGUCAUCUCUGCAGCGGAGAACACGGAGACUUCAAUGUCAAGCCAGGACCGGACUGA